AUGUCUAGCUUCAUGAACGGACCAGACUCCUUGUGGCGACGUUCUUAUAACAAACAAAAAGUUAUCUAUGCUUUUGGAUUGGAUGAAUCACUCUCAGAGAAAGGCACCAGGGAAGGUGCGAGUCUAAGAGACAAAAUAGGAUUCUGUGUCCGUCACCACAACGCCAACGCCGCGGCCAUUUUCACUUUCCAGUAUCCACCGCACCCGCGGCGGCGCUCCUCCUCAUUGUUGUUGGAUCCCGCCACACCUGCUCCGCCCUCGAACUGCUCGCCUGCUCGCGCCGCCCCCAUCUCGCGGCGAGCUCCGGCGGCUCCGGAAGAAAACGGGGCAGGGCCUGGCCGCGGGAGCUACUCGACGAGCUUGGGGACGUCGGUGCUGAUUUGGGCCGGAGAAAUCGGUGCCCGCCUGCUGUCGGAUUCACCGGUCGAGCUCAGGGCGCGUCACCUGUUCGACGGAAUGCUCAACAAGAACGCGGCGAGCGGCAAGGGUCACUUCGGCGACCUCACCGACGACCUCCUCUGGCACGUGCUGUCCUUUCUGCCUGUGGCUGAUGCCUUGCAGACUUGCGUUCUCGACACCCGGUGGCGUGACCAUUGGAGGCGCACCACCAGCCUGCCCCUCAUCUUUGACCAGUUGAGUUUUCCGAGCUCCGAACGUUUCAAACAGCUUGUGAAGCUCUUCAUCCACCUCCGCGGGAACUCACCUCUCGACAAGUGCAAGAUCGUUGGCUAUGUUGAUGACGAGGAGGAGUGCACAUACACAAACACGAUGCUGUUGAUCCAGUACGCUCUAAAGUGCCAACACUUGAAGACCCUACACCUUAAAUGGGUUUACCUAAAACGCUCCACUCUGAAUUUCUCGCGUUGCUCGGUAUUGGAGGAACUAGAGAUGCAACAAUGCAACAUUGAUGCACGCAGGAUAUCUUCCAAAUCACUAAAGCAUCUGUACAUUACCAAUUUUUGUUCCUUCCCUGCUGAGUUCCAUAUUCGGAUAUUUGCCCCGGGUCUUAUCUCACUGCAACUUGAUGAUCAUCAUGGCUUGACCCCUUACCUUGAAUACAUGCCAUCUCUAGAAACAGCUUAUGUUUGGCUAGACCAUGAUUGCUAUCAUUCUUGUCGUAUUAACCGGCAGGACUGUGAGUAUGAUCACUGUAGCUGUCAUGCUUAUCCCGUUGAGGAGGGUGUGCUUCUCCAUGGUUUGUCCAAUGCUGUGAAUUUGGAGUUGUUAGGCAAUACUUACACCGAACUGUUCAUCUAUAGAUGGGAUUUAGAAUGCUGCCCCAUAUUUGACAAACUAAAGACUCUAUCACUCAAUGAAUGGUUUACGACUAUUGACCUACUGUGUAUUCUCCAACACUCUCCAGUUCUUGAGGUGCUCACUCUCAAGCUUGGUAGCACUAAGAAAUUCGUUGGAGCAACAGGAGCACAAGAAAAGAUAGAACAAUCAUUUGUAUGCUCGCAUCUUGAGGUUGUCAACAUUGAAUGUGGAAAGGUUGAUGAGGGAGUUCACAAAAUUCUAAAGUUCUUGAGUACAUGUGGCAUACGUCGUGAUCAAAUUAGCAUCGUGGAGCAAUGGCCUUCCUACCGUUUCAGUUUCUAGAAGCCUCCGUGUCCUUUGCUUUGGUCUACCACGGAAUGAGACGGACGCACCAGUUUACACCCGUGACGGUGCCUGAGAUGGGAUGUGUGCUCGCUUGUGAUCGUUGUCUGAAGCCUUAUGUGUUUCUCUGAAUAAAUCUGUAACGAUGGUCCUGUUAGCUGUUAUCGCAACAUUCGGUUUCUCACUUUCUAUCUUCUGGUACUGUGUUGGAAGCCUGCCUGUUGGUUGUGUGGUGCAACUCAGAAAAAAUGUUUCCAUUACGUUGAAGCAUCCCUUAAUUUAGUUUUAGCAGAAA